GUAGACCGUCGAGGCCAUCAAAUGUUGCGUUUGAUGCCUCAAUUCCUUCGUCUUAUUUUCUAUCCCAAGAGUUGCGUCCGACUUGAUCCUCUUUGAUUAUGCCCGGCAAUUACGAUGGUCGAUCAUCCAGGGAGCGAAUUGAUACAGGUCCCGGGCGGUCAGCAACCCAAAUCGCCUUUCCACGGGCAAAUAUGAUCCAUUUGCCGCCAUCUCUGGACCUUGAGCAUCAGAAGCCUUGGCUGCCCUCGAUAUUGGCUGCGACAAUGCCUUUGGAUAUGUAGUUUUGCUGUCGACGCUCUCCCUCUGAACUCGCUGUUUCCUAAGAAGGCAUCCGCACCACCCGGAGACCGAAUCCCGCCGCCGAAUACAGAUAUCGCAUUGCGUUACGAACCAUGGUCAAGUCCGCCUUACCCUGUGUUCGACAAUCAUGAACGAUUUUGUCAACCAACAAUGCAAAAUGUUGUGGUUAAAGGUCAACCAAUGCCCAAAUACGUGCGAGCUAACGAGACAGAUCUGUCAUUCUUACGGUCCUCCAUACUGCUUCAACAACCCCUCGGUCAAAAUGUCCUCGAGAAACAACUACCUUAUUGCUGACUCUAUGUCCGCCAGCGAGCACACUAACAUCUAGGACUCAUCAAUGUCGUUGCCAUGUGAACAGAUGUUGCUGCCUUUCUGUGGCCAAUGUCUGGUUUUACGAGAGCAUAAAUGCCGGGAGAGGCGGUGGACGUCAAUGACGGUUGGAGGAGAGGUUACUCAACGCGUGUUUUCCACAGGCAGUUGAACGGCAAAGUGCAAGCGCGUCAAGGCACUGACUGAUAUCUUCUGCCUAUUGUUGGAGGCGCCGAGAAAAAGAAUCCACGUAGAUAGAUUGUCGCGUUUUGUGCUGUCACUCUGAAGUGCAGCUGACGCUCGACUUUUUGAUCCCCGCCGCCUUUGAAUCGCCGCCAACAAAGCGGAGCGCUGCGACUGAGACUGAGAUUGCACUGUUGAUGCAGCUCUCACGACAAAGACAACCCCGGCGAAAUGUAGUUUGAGUGGUAGACCGCGGCCAUUUAUCACUGCUGGAGUCAUUCAGAGUGAUGAGCAAAAAAAACGGUAAAGGAAGGGCAGAGGAGCAGCUGAUGCAGCAUGACGGAGCUGGUGAGAUGGUGAGCGAGACGAAGAGGGCGACGGAACGGAGCGAGUGGGAGCCUGGACCAGGAGCAGGACUCACCCAACAUCCGAAUCCUCUGCCUCGCGAGCACCACCACUACGACCAUUACUCUCCCCCAAACCCUCGAAUCUCCCCGUCCUCCAUCUUCGCAAAUGCCGCCCCGCAUUACAUGGCGAGGUCUCGAAGGAGCCCAUCAAUGAAGAAUCGCUGGCGAGGCGAAGAGGAUCCGCGCCACAGACAUCCACAUCACCGGCCGCGGGACAGAGACGCAACUCGAGAAGGCGGUCCACCUCAUUCACCACAUUCUGGUCGCCCAGCAGGAGAACCUUCAGUGUCGUUGGACCAAGGGCAACGCCCUGAUCGCCCACCUCGUGAACCGCGUUGGAAGCGGCAAUUUUCGAGAGACGGAGACCCCAGGAAAUUGCAUGGUAGAAAGUCUUCCAUUUCGCCUCCCCGUCGUUUCUCAAAAAACAAGCAGCAUCAUCGUCCACCACCCCGAAAGCAAUUUGGAGAUCGGCCUGGGAGACGCCGUGACUUCUCGCCAACACCAUCAUCCAAACGGAGGCGUACUCGAAGCCCUUCUCCUGCUGGCGGCGACGGAUUUGGCUUCGAAAGCCAAAGACGUGCUCGCAGUCGGGAUUUCUUUGAUAUCGACGACAGGGGUCCGCCAGAUCCUCCAUCUCCUUUCCCGCCCGGGAAUAUCCCUCCGCAUUCAUCUCGACCCUUUUCGCCUGCUGCAAGAUCUCACGCCCUGGAUCGUGGCAAUUACGACCCUGCUAUCCUGAGAGAGUCUUCGCCGUCCCGCGCACGCGAUCAGCGAUCCAUCUCCCCUCGUCUGCCUGCGAGAUCAUCUCCGCAUCGACGCCCCGAGUCUAAACAUUCAUCUAUCGAAACUCGAGAAUCGUCCGUGAUUUCGACACAGCCAUCAAAACGUCCUCCACCAGGCCCAGGCCGGGCUUCUAAUAAGAAGGAUAAUCCAUCCUCAAGAGCUCCUUCCGUUGUCGACGAUACCGACAACCGCUCCAUGGAUGGCCAAUACCCAACACGUGGUAAUCAUGGGAUGAAUCGAGGGCAACAAAGACCAUAUGCUGAAAAUAGACACCAAGGAUAUGGAGGCUCUCCGCCAUAUUCUUCCAACAGCUCCUAUCACGGCUCCCCAACGCAGAACUCUCCAUACCAUCAUCAGAGAGGCGGCUGGGGAGGGCAAGGUCAUCAUGGGCAAAUGCACAACUCCUCUCCUCCUUAUCGGCAAAAUAGCUUUUCCGGUCCAGGCGGCGUAAACAAUCCCAAUCCCUUCUACCAGAACCAACAGGGCCACUAUGGAGGUAAUCAACACGGUUAUCAGCAAUCUUACCGAGGUGGUCGUGGACAUGGCCCUCAUCGAGGACAUUUCCAGCAAGACCAGCGGUUCAGCGGGCCCCGUCACAGAGGCCGGGGUGGGCAUUUCAACAACUUGCAGUGGACAGCACCAGCCCCGAAACAAGGUGGACCGCCAAAUCAGACUUUUCAAGGCGGCUACGGAAGUCAACCGCAAACAUCACCAGCUCCUUCGCAUAUCGCGUCACAGGACGGCCGAGAAGCCCCUCCGGUUGAAGAAGAGAACCCCUUCAGGCCGUCGAAAGAAUUGCAGGUGGAGGAUCAAGGAAACAGCAGGAUCGACAACACAGAUCAAGACACACAGGGUAAUGACCAACGAGGACCGGCUGCUUCCAAAUUUAGCUUCGCCUUCAAGUCCAAAGCUCCUCCUCAGGCUCCAGCUAAACCUGCUGCAGAUUUUUCUAAACCAAAAGGGCCAUUUCAACCCUCGGACAAUCGGCCACCACCACCACAAGGCCCCAAGAACAAACAUUUUGACCGCCGUGACGACAGACAUGGAUUUCGGGGCCAUGACCGGAAAUUUGCACCGCAUGAUCGAAGACAUCCCAACGACCGUCAACAACAGUUGCAUCAACAACUGCCUCCAAGAGAACGCCGACCGGACCGAUCACGCUCUCCCCCUUCGAAGAAGAUGAAGAAGGAGAUCAAGUCUCGGCCUACGUUGCCUCCCGAAUUUGCAGAAUCCGAAUCUAUAUACUUCCGAAAGCCGGGCAAUGAGUCUGUUGUUGGUGCAGGCACAUAUGGAAAAGUAUUCAAGGCCAUUCACAUCUACACAAAGGACAAAGUUGCACUGAAGAAGAUCCGUAUGGAGGGUGAACGAGACGGAUUCCCCAUCACCGCCGUGCGCGAAAUCAGACUAUUACAACAUUUACGACACAAGCACGUGGUCGCAUUACAAGAGGUCAUGGUGGAAAAGAACGAGUGCUUCAUGGUUUUCGAGUACCUCUCGCACGACCUGACUGGGCUUAUCAACCAUCCAACGUUCAAACUCACGCCCGCGCACAAGAAGGAUUUGGCGAAGCAAAUGUUUGAUGGCCUUGAUUAUCUCCAUCGCCGAGGCGUGCUACAUCGGGACAUCAAGGCUGCCAACAUUCUGAUCUCUAACACUGGUCAACUGAAGUACGCCGACUUUGGUCUUGCACGGUUUUACAAUAAGUCCCGAAAACUCGACUACACCAAUCGUGUAAUCACAAUUUGGUAUCGGCCUCCUGAGCUUCUUCUGGGUGAAACUCAAUACGGACCUGAGGUGGACAUAUGGUCUGCGGCUUGUGUAUUCGUGGAAAUGUUCACCAAGAAAGCGAUCUUCCCGGGAGAAGGUGGAGAGCUUAGCCAGCUGGAUAAAGUAUACAAUGUCCUCGGAACACCGACUCGAUCAGAUUGGCCGGGAAUUGUGGAUCUCCCCUGGUUUGAGCUCAUGCAACCGGCGGAUCGACGAAAGCGGAUAUUUGAAGCAAUGUUCAAAGACGUCUUCACCGCCGCUGGUCUUGAUCUGGUGCAGAAGAUGUUCAAAUACGAUCCGAAAAAGCGACCCAACGCGGAGCAAAUACUCAAUCACGAGUAUUUCACAUCUGAGGAGCCGUUACCGGAACAACCAGUGGAGCUUGCAAACGUCGAGGGCGAUUGGCAUGAAUUUGAGAGCAAGAUGCAUAGAAGAGAGAAUGACAAACGCGAGAAGGAGCGGAGGCGAGAGGAGUAUGUGCGAGAAAAGGAGAAGAGAAAAGCUCGCGAAGCCGGUCUCCCUGAUCCGACACCCGUCGCCGACAAAAAGGCCAGGUUGGAUGACGAAGGAGCAUUGAAAGGAAGCAUGCCUCCGCCUCCUCCUGCCAAUGGCGAUAAUCCCACAGCGAACACCACGGACAGAGCAACGGACCCGCCAGCGGAGAGGAUAACGGAGCGUGAGCACGAAGAUGGGGAGUCGGAAGGUGAAGACGGUGCGCCCAUGAGUAUGUCGCCCGCCUGAGGGAUGCAUCCGGCCCGGUCACAAGGGUUGACUCGGCACGAAGGGACAUUGAUCAGAGGGUGACGAAUGUAUGUAUGUAUGUGUAUAUUCUUGGAGAAAUCAGAUACCCUUAAUUGAUGGACACACGCUUGAGGGGGGAAGUUGUGCCAUCAUGACAGCAAAGCGCCAGCCUCGAUGCCAGCGGGUGCCCUGGACGUGGAAUCGACUUCGAAUCUGCCAUGAGGAUUGAAUCGUUCCAAUUCCCCUUCUCCAGAUGCCACUCGGGUUGGUGCAGCCAUCAAACAUCGCUACCCAAAGCCAUUGAGCCUUACGGAAACUAACGCCCACUGGGAAAUGUACUGUUGAUAAUUCGCUUCCUGAUACC